GGGUCCCUCCGUCCGCCUAGGUGCCAUGGUGCCGCCGCCCCUGCCGCCGCCGCCGCUCUGCACGCUGCCGCCGGGCCCUGGACCCCCGCGCUUCGUGUGCUACUGCGAGGGGGAGGGAAGUGGGGCCGGGGGACGUGGCGGUUUCAACCUCUAUGUGACGGACGCCGCGGAGCUUUGGAGCACCUGCUUCACGCCGGACAGCCUGGCGGCCCUCGUGGGUAACGGGGCUUCCGGACGGCCGGUCGCCCCCAGCACCCCACACGGCAGCGCUGCCCGCCUAUGGGAUCGAAGGAAAGCCCGUUUUGGCCUGAGUGCGGCUGAAGACAUCACCCCCCGCUUCAGGGCAGCCUGUGAGCAGCAAGCUGUGACUCUCACCUUCCAGGACGACAGGGCAUCCCUGACCCUCUCUGGGGGGCCCUCACCGCUGGACUUUGACCUCUCCAAGGUGCCUGGCCCGGAGGCAGCCUCCAGGUUGCGGGCACUGACACUGGGCCUGGCAGAGCGCCUGUGCAGCUUGGAGCGGCAGCUGGCAGGUCCCCCUACCCGCGCCUCCAUUUCUGCUUUCCCCCAGCUGCGGAGGAGGAGACAUCCACCAGCCCCCGCAAGAGCCCCUGGCAGGUGGGCUCUCAGCACUUCUUGCCAGACCUGGAUCCUCAGAGAGGUGGCCCUGGACCUGGGGUCAAGAGAUGGUGCCCAGGAGAGUCUCUCAUCAACCCCGGCUUCAAGAGGAAGAAACCCGCUGGUGGUGUAGACUUCGAUGACCCCUGAAAGUGCAGCAAAGAGUGCGGUCAUGGCCCUCAGGAGUCUGUCCAUGAGAGGAGGGGCAGCCCCUGAGGCCCUGCCACGGGCGCCUGCCCAUCCUGCUGCCCAGCACGAAAACACCUGCUCCCCCAGCCCCUUCCCCAGCAAAUAAACAUCUUUAUCUGGCCGA